GAGAGAGAGAGAGAGAGAGAGAGAGAGAGAGAGAGAGAGAGAGAGAGAGAGAGAGAGAGAGAGAGAGAGGCGAGAGAAACGGGAUGGAGAAAAAGCAAGCCAGAAUAAAAAAAAAAAGUGAAAAAAAAUCUUCAACAAAACUGUAAAUAAGAAAACGAAGAAAACAACAGAAAACAACCGCAAAGAAGAAUAAGGGAAAAAAAAAAGGAAUGAAAGAAGAAGAAAAAAGAAACAACUAAACGAGAUUUAAACAGCUUGGCAGUUUAUACGUUCUUAAGAGGACUGAACCUCACGAUGAUCGCGCCCAGCCAGACCAGCAGCGGCCCGCCCUCGGGCUGUGGCACGCCCGUCAGCGAGGUGGGCGUGGCAACCAACGUCAUCAUUCGGGAUGACGUCAACCUCUCCGCCCGCACGCCCGUGAAACAAGAGGAGGAAGAGGAGCUGAAGCACGCCUACACGGCAGCGCACGCCCACACUCAGGCCGCCCACACGAUCCACGUCGUGCCCAAGGCGGAAGUGAGGCAGGUAAAGGGGGAGCUGGGGUCCCCUCCCCCCGCCACCACCACCACACACAUCCCGGCGACAGUACACGACCUGGAACAAGCCAAUUACAGCGUCGUGGUGUACGAAUCGGCCCACCCUGUCGAGCACAUUCACGCCCACACCGUCGACACGCACCACAACGCCCACGCCCACCUGAGCAGCGAGGGCGCCACCUACGCGACCCUUGAGUCCGCGCCGGCGAUCACAACCCUGGCCUCGAUCCCUUACGCGACGGACCCUUAUCCCUAUUACUACAAGGCGGACAUGUACGUGAAGGACGAGACCCGCAGGAGCGCCGGGUAUGACUACGUGCAACCUUCGUACAUGACAUCAGCAAGCCACGCCCACCCGACCGCCCACAGCCACGCCCACUUGCAGAAGGCGGAGUCUGCGAUGUGGACGACCACUCCGGAGUACAGCCAGAUCCCGCCGGAGAUGCUGGAGCGACCCCCGGCGAUCUCCCACCACCCGUACAUGACCCAGCCUGCGCCCGCCUCCUGGUCCUCGACAGCCUACGACUCCAUCCUGCACACAGCCAACGGGGAAACCUACAGGAGGAUUGAGCCAGGCGACCCGGAUUGCAACGAGAACCGCGAGUGUGUCAACUGCGGUUCGAUGACGACCCCGCUCUGGCGUCGGGAUUCCGGAGGUCACUACCUUUGCAAUGCCUGCGGUCUCUACAACAGGGCAAACGGGGUCAACCGGCCUCACGUGCGCAGCCAGAGGAGGGUCAGCAGCCCAGUGAGUUACGCCGCCCCCUCCGCCACCCCCCAACCCCCCAGGAGGUCGGGAAUGACGUGUUCCAACUGCUCCACGACCAACACGACCCUCUGGCGACGAAACAACAACGGAGAGCCGGUUUGCAACGCCUGCGGACUCUACUUCAAGUUGCAUGGGGUGAACCGGCCUCUGACCAUGAAGAAGGAAGGGCCGAUCCAGACCAGAAAGCGCAAACCCAAGAGCACGUCCUCGGCUUCGUCUUCGUCUCAGCAGCAGCAGCAGACGGCGAGCAGGUAUUCGAACUCACCCAGCGUUAGCCUCGGAACCUCGCCUGUUAUGAAGACGCACCAGCCAUCAGCAUAUGGUACGUGUGGUUUUAUGCUGUUGCUGUUGUUGUUGUUGUUGUUGUUGUUGUUGUUGUUGUUGUUGUUGUUGUUGUUAGAUGUGCUGUUUCAAGCGUCAGUGUUAUUGGUGUAGUGUUUUGUCGACAUG